AUGUCGACUAUAAAUAAUGUUGAAAAUGAUACUAAGAUAGCAAUACCUAAUGAUUAUGAUCAUAAUACUGAUGAUGAUAAUUAUGAUGAGGACAUACCUAUCAGCAAAUGGAAGUCAAUACCGGAGCGCAUACCAGCGUUUGGGCUCUUGUGUGCCUUAUUUGGUGAAACCAUGUUUUCGUUGGCCUCGCUUAUAGUCAAAUUGGUAACAGAUCUGCACUCGGUUGAGAUACUGGUGUUUAGAUGUAUAGUACAGUUUGUACCGUAUUUCAUCAUAACAUUGAUCAAACGUUAUCCAUUUUUUGGACUACCCGGCCAACGUAUACAACUAGUUUUGAGAUGCAUAUCGGGAACAAUAAACUCGAUUGUCCUGUAUAUGGCCUAUCGAUUUAUGCCGCUAUCCGAUGCCACUUCCAUAUCCCUGUCGUCGCCAGUGUUUGUCACCAUAUUUGCCUAUUUUAUACUCAAAGAACGUAUCACUAAAGUCCAGAUACUGACCGGUAUUAUCACACUGGCCGGUGUGUUCAUCAUAUCGGAACCGGCCUUUAUAUUCGGUACGGACACUGCUGAGGAACUGUCGUAUCCGAAUCGUAUAUGGGGUAUAGUACUGGCACUGGUAUCAGCCGUAACCAGUGCCUACUCGUUGAUAACUUUACGCCAGUUGCGUACAACACCCGUACCGUUGAUGGUUAUGUGGUAUUCGUUGACGAUUAUAGUGGCCGGCAGUGCUAUACUACCGGCCAUCGACCACUGGACACUACCGAAACAAUGGCAUACUUGGCUACUGUUGUUGGCCGUAGGUGUGGCCGGUUUUUUCUAUCAAUUUUUUCAAGCAAUAUCCGUACAGUACGAAACUCCUGGACCGAUAUCUGUGACGCGUAGCAUACAAAUCGUACUGUCCUUUCUCUGGGAAGUCCUAAUAUUUGCCGAAUCCCUAGACUUAGCAUCGAUUAUCGGUGCCGUAUUGAUCACCGUAUCGGUACUUAUCGUAGCUUUCAAUAAGAUAUACAAUGAAAACCCUGAAAAAUAUGGUAAACUGUUUUGCAAUGUCUGUGCUGUCGGUGGCGGUGGCAAUACUGGCAACAAUAGUAACAGUUUGGAUAUCAGUACCAUUGACUAUACUAUUGGUUCAAUGAAAACUGAUAGUAAUAAUGAUAAUAAUAAUAAUUUUGAUAGAAAAAUGAGCAAGCCCAAAUUAGUAUUGAAUGUCGAUAGACGCAAAAUGAGUAUAUGGGAGGGCAAUACAUUUGAUGGUCAAUGGACACCAUAUGUUAUUGAAUUUUAA